UAUUUGAUGCUAUCAUAAUUAUGCUGCCUAAUAUUUAUUAAAUUACGAAAUUUAUAUUAUAAAAUAUUGUUCAAAAGCUAAUAUAUAUUUAAUUUUUUUAUUUAAAAUUUGUAGGAAUAAAGAAAUUAUGUAUUUAUUAUUGAAACUUAAUAAUUGUUAGGUUAUGUCCAUCAUGUUAAACAGCAUUUCAUUAUUGAAUAUUACAAUGUUAACAAAGAAAUUAAAAUAUAUUUUCAGUCAGGGGAAAAGAUUAUAUUGGAGUAGUGGGGGACGUCACGUGGUAUUUUAUGACAGCAAUAUCAUGGCGGUCAGUUUAGGCUAGUCAAUAGUGAUCAGUAUUGGUCAGAAAAUUUAAUAUUUGUGCUAACAUUUUAACAUUAUUUAGUGAAAUAAAUCAACUGUUUGCCUAUAAAUACGUUCCGACUUGAUGUUUUAGUGCAAUUGUAGAAUAAAAGACUUAAACUUAAAUGGAAUUAAGGAAGAUUGAAUUGAAUUCGUAUAAUGUAAAUUCAAUGAAGAACGAAAUUACAUAAACUCGUUCUAAGUCUGUGACGAUAGCUGAUAUAUUUGCUAGCAAAGAGUAUGGAAUAAAUAAAAAUGUUUGUAAAAGACCCCUGUGGGAUUGUGUGUAUCAUAAUUACAUAUCUUGCUGUCUUCUAUGCAGAUUACGUCGUCGUACGUUGGGUUAUCCUGCAUAGUUUGCAAGACAGUUUGUGGGGUCCCUUUCAUGUUGUGGCUUUCAACACUAUUGUAUUAUUAUUGAUAAUAUCACAUUUGAAAGCAGUCUGCAGUGAUCCUGGUGUUGUGCCACUACUUCAAAGUCGUAUGGACUUUUCUGACAUUCAUACAGAUAAUCCAGAAACAAAAAUUGAAUGUGAUGAGAGAGACAGUUGGACUGUUUGUACUAGAUGCGAAACAUAUAGACCUCCCAAAGCAUGUCAUUGUAGAAUUUGUAAACGAUGUGUUAGGCGAAUGGAUCAUCAUUGUCCAUGGAUAAACAACUGUGUUGGAGAACAAAAUCAAAAGUACUUUAUUCAAUUUUUGGUCUAUGUUGGAAUAUUGGCCUUCUAUGCACUAGGCUUGGUGAUAACCUCAUGGAUUUUAGAAUGUUCUCGGUGCAGUAAUGACAUAGCUGUCAAACAGAGUCGCAUCUUACACUGUGUUAUAUUGGUAUUGGAAUCAGCACUGUUUGGCAUGUUUGUCAUCGCAAUGCUGGUAGACCAAUUUCAAGGUAUCCUCGGAGAAGAAAACAUAAUGGAACAUAUGCAGAAUAAUCAUCAUUAUAAAAGAAACAGUUCACGUACUCUGGUUUUACUUUCUCAGGUUUGUGGCAAGAGCCAUCCAAUUCUAUGGAUGUUUCCUUGCCAAAACCCACCACGUUAUACUUUCCGAAAAGAUGCGUACCUGAUAGAUCAUGAAGUUUAGAUGAAUACUUAAUCACAUAUUGAGAUGUAAAUGCUCUUUUAUGGCUUUGCUUGCCAUAAAUACUUUUCUAUAUGUUUAAGACAGUCUCCAUUAUUUAAAUGCAAUUUGCGAAAAAAUAAGAUAUUACAUUACAAAAUUUAGGAGAAGAAAAAGGAAGACUUUCACAUAUUAUAUUUGUCUACUUCAAAUACUUAAAUAUUAUUAAAAACGUUUAAUUAUUUAAAAUUAGAAAAUUUACAGCAUUCUAAUAUUUUUUAAUAAUUUUUAGUCUUUAAUAAAGUUUUUUUUUAAAUAAUCUCAUAUUUAGUUAAAAAUGUAGAAAAAGUAACACAUAGGAAAGAUGUUUGAAGGUUUAAUUUUAUACCAAUUUUGUAUCAUUGCUGUUGAAUUAUUAUUUAAUUCCUCAUUAAAUUAGAUCCGCUUAUAGUUCAAGAUAAACUCUUAAAUUAAUAUAUAUUUUAGUAUUUGUGAGUCAUUCCAUAAGAUUAAAUAUGUCUAAAUAUACUUGCAAAUUUAAUACUCACAUGAUUGAAUCAAGUGUUAGUAACUAUAUUGAAUGUAAUGUCAAUGAAUGAAUUUCAACAAAAUCUUGUAAUACAUAUAAUCAAACAUUUUAGUAUAUCUUUUAUAAAAUUUUAUGAAUUCAUAUGCUUUACGAAAUAUUCCAGUUUAUGCAAAAUUCAGUACUAAUUUUCAAU